UUUUGCCUAAAUCUUAUUUCUGGACUGAGAUUUCAGAGAAGCUAAGCAAAGAAAACCCUUCAUUGUAUUUUGUUGUAGAUUUCAAAGUCGCACAAACACACCCCAAAUCCAGCACACCCACCCACCCACCAAUCCCAAGCGGCAAUUUAUAUUAACAAUCAACAAAGCCCACCCUAUUUUCCUCCUAUAUUAGAUUUACCCUGUUUCCAUCAGAGUUCUACUCCGAUCAGCAAUCUGAAAACAGAAAAAAUUCGACUUCCCUUUCACCCCUUUUGAUAUUUUAAUCAAUACCCUUUGAUCUUUACUAUAUAUAUUCAGGGUUUUUCAGUUGUUCAGGUCAAACCCAAAUUCUACUUUGUCUUCUCUUUGCAGCAGCCGGAAUAGUAGUAUUGGUUUCUAUCUUUUGUCUUUCUGAAGACCAACUCUGACCGGUUGAUCGUGUUUCUGGGUUUUUUGUGUGCUCCACAGAAAACCCAACUUGAAUUUUCGUACAAAGAUUUAACUUCAUACACCAUGAUCUGCUCUGUGAAACAAUCUCCGGCGAUCACGGCUGGCUGUGAUGUGUUUUUGCGGCUGAAAACACGGCAGUCGGUGCAGGGAUCUUUGCAUUUGCCGUCUCUGCCUUUGAGAAGCUUCCAGAGGUCAGCUACUCUUUCGGUGCAGAAGCCUCUGCACGUGUCUAGCAUAGAGAGCUUGGGAUCAAGAACACGUUUGAUCAAAUGUCAGGCGUACGAGGCGGAUCAGUCGGAGCCGAUCGAGCUUCCGAAGGCGGACACUCGAUCAGAGGCAGCCAAGAAGUUGAAGAUCGGAGUGUACUUCGCUAUGUGGUGGGCUCUGAAUGUGGUGUUCAAUAUUUACAACAAGAAGGUGUUGAAUGCGUACCCUUUUCCUUGGUUGACAUCGACUCUGUCUUUGGCAUGUGGGUCUUUGAUCAUGAUGGUGUCUUGGGCUACCAGGAUUGCUGAGGUGCCCAAAGUUGAUAUGGAUUUUUGGAAGGCUCUGUUUCCUGUUGCUGUGGCACAUACAAUUGGACAUGUAGCUGCAACUGUUAGUAUGUCUAAGGUUGCAGUUUCCUUCACCCAUAUCAUCAAGAGUGGAGAGCCUGCUUUUAGUGUAUUGGUUUCAAGGUUCAUACUGGGCGAGUCCUUCCCUACUUCGGUGUACCUCUCCCUUCUUCCAAUUAUUGGUGGUUGUGGUCUUGCUGCCUUGACAGAGCUCAACUUCAACAUGAUUGGAUUCAUGGGGGCCAUGAUAUCAAACUUGGCAUUCGUCUUCCGGAACAUAUUUUCAAAGAAGGGCAUGAAGGGCAAGUCCGUUAGUGGAAUGAACUAUUAUGCAUGUCUAUCUAUUAUGUCUCUUAUAAUUCUCACACCAUUUGCAAUUGCGGUGGAGGGACCAAAGAUGUGGGCAGCUGGGUUUGAAACAGCCAUGGCGCAAAUUGGUCCCAAUUUGAUAUGGUGGAUGGCAGCCCAGAGUGUAUUCUAUCAUCUCUACAACCAGGUGUCAUACAUGUCGCUAGAUGAGAUCUCUCCAUUGACAUUUAGCAUAGGGAACACCAUGAAACGUAUAUCUGUCAUAGUAUCCUCCAUCAUCAUAUUCCACACACCUGUCCAGCCUGUCAAUGCUCUUGGAGCUGCUAUUGCAAUUUUCGGAACCUUCUUGUAUUCCCAGGCAAAGCUGUGAGGAGUUUGUGCUGGGGAAGAUUUACAUAUAUCGUGUAUCAUAUGACGGGGCGGAAGGGCGACUUGUGGUAUAGAAAGAGAUGAAAGAAGUGCUGUGAAACUCCAUGGUUACUGGUUUUUUGGUUAUAUGAAUGAACCAAGAGUGUGUAAUUGUAGAUACUAAUAAUGGUUGAAACGGCACUAGUGUUAUAGAAGGAAACUAGGCACUACUUUUUGCUCUUUUUUUUUUUACAAUGAGAUUGAAGAGAAAUAUUUCAAUAAGCAAGGAUAUCUGCAACAGUGUAUCGGUUGCAUUGAGAAAGCA